UUAUAUGUCAUUAUAUGACCAUUUUCAGGUUGGGACCACACCAGUCCAAGGACCACUUGGGGCCACAAAUGGACUUCAAACCUCAACAGUGGUUGGCAACAACUAUGGUGGGCCUAGUGGAAUGACAGUUGAUGGAGGCCAACCACAUAGAGGGACAAAGUUACCUGUGAAAAGGAAGAUGAAGGUGGUUGAGAAAAGGCCAGCUCAAGUGGUUGAGAUAGGGUUAAGUGAAGUGCUUGAGACAGGGCCAACCCAGUCUUCAAUAACAACACAACUGCAAGGCAAGGGCAAAAGGGUGCAGAACAAGAUGAUGUGGCUAGGAUGCAGUGAACAAAACCUAUGUACUGUUCCUUUUGUGCAAGGGCUGUUUUUUUUUUUUUUUUCUUUUUGUGGACUAAGGAAUUUGUGUAAGGGCUGUUUUUUUGGGAAUGUAGUUAAGCUAUGAAAACAAGAACACUGAUUUUUUUUUUUUUUUUUGUUUCACUUCUGUUUUGGACAAACUAUGUGAACAAGUGAAGUGCUAUUUCAAUCUAGUACAAGGAAUGCAUUGUAUGCUAAGCAUAUCACCUGCUUAGUAAGGUAACCAAUUUAGCUGUUGUGCUAAUCCAACCUAAUUGCUGUGUUGGUUCUUUCUCUGUGGCACUUGCUUUGUGGGCAUAUCACUGCUUUCUAUUUAUAAGUUGGUGGUGGACAGUUACUCAUUUAGUUUUGGCAUAUCCCUAGCAGUCAGUGGCCUAAUUCUUGUCAACUCCAUCGGCUGCUGCUAUUUUGUUGAUGUUGCUGUCUCUGUUAUGACUGUUGUUCUCUUACAGUCCAAAAGAUGAUGGUAUUUUGUUGGAGGAUUGAUGGGGAAACAAUGAAAGCAUUCCAAGAGUUGAGAGACAAAGCGAGAUCAUGUCAUAAACAAUGCCAAAACCAGCAACAGAAAUAUGUAUGCAGGUCUACCCCUUGCUGAAUCUGUAGCGAACUCAGCUUCAGAAUUGCUACCGGCUUUUUGUUGUAAAGAUAGAACAUCAUUUAUAUGAAAACGCAAUGGCAGCAGCCGUUCGGUAUUCAAAUUUAUUCAUAUUAAUUAAUUUGGCAUAUGAAUGCCUACCUUUUUUUACCCUUGCCUUGUGAAUUUCCUGACAGAACUGAAAACUAUGGAAAGACGAGAACCUUAACCUUUGAUAGACGAUAUUGAUUGGAAAAUUGUGUUCCAUUUCAGGAAAUAAAAAGGCUCUUUUUGAGAAUC